AUGGAGCCGACCGAUGACUUUUACAGCGCGUACGACGACCCGACGGGGGCGCCGACGUCGAUGACGACGAUGAGCUGCGCCAUCGAGAACGCCAAGCACAUGCACACGCUCUUGGCCUCGCUCCUCCUCGGGCGCAAGAAGGACCAGCUCGUGCGCUGCGACAUCGACGCGUCGGGACUCUACUUUACUGCGCACUCCAAGGGCAAGUCGCUCCAGAUUAAGACGAGCAUGGUCAGCGACCUUUUCGAGACCUUCCAGUACUUUGAGGCCGAGGCCACGAGCUUCCGCAUCUGCGUCAACCACAUCUUGGACGGGCUUGGCGUCUUUGGCACGUCGGCCAUGGCGUCGACGGCCGUCACGUGCAGCUACUCGGCGCAGGAAGGCGUCUUUUCGAUGGUAUUGACGGACGAUGGCGUCCUCGCCGAGUGCUCGAUCAAGACGAUGGUCGACGACGAGCACAACGACUGCAGCCUCGGCGUCUUCGAGCGCAGCUUCGAGGGUGCCAAGGUCCUCGGGCACAUGAUCCUCGCGUCCAACGCGCUCCACGACGCGUGCAGCGAGUUCCAUGAGCUGCCGACGGGCGCCGCCGUCGAGCUCGUCUUGCACCCGACAUCCUUUGCCUCCAGCAGCGACGACGCCAUGUGCUUUCGCAUGCAGGCACAUACGCCGACGAGCAGCUGCGAGAUGGAGCUGCACAAGGACUCGACGGCCAUCGUGCAGGUGCAGGUCGAAGCCACGAUCGCCGCGAGCUUCCAAUGGACGCUGCUGCAAGCCGGUCUCCAAGUCCUCCCAGUCGCGUCCGAGUCGUUCUUGCGCUUGAACGCCCAAGGCUUUUGCUCGAUCCAGCACAUGCUUUUGCUCGGGAGCCACCGCGCGUUCGUCGACGUCCUCCUGUGUCCCGAUGCAGCGUGAGAUGCAGUAUCUUGAAGGCUAUUUAACGGGCAGUCGAUCUUUUGUCCGGGAGUUUCUAC